GCCCACCCACCACUAGUUGUCAACAUAUAAUUGCAAAGAUGCGGCCCAUAUUCUUGGCCAUUUUCUGCUUCCUGGCGUGGAAUCCCAGCUCCGAGGCGACCGGCAACCUGAGUCCUGGAGCCGUGAGCGUGCAUCGGCGCUUCGAGUACAAGUACUCGUUCAAGCCGCCGUAUUUGGCUCAAAAAGACGGGACCGUGCCGUUUUGGGAGUACGGGGGAAAUGCCAUCGCCAGUUCGGAAAGUGUGCGCGUGGCGCCAUCGCUGCGAUCACAGAAGGGUGCCAUCUGGACAAAGUCGCAGACGAACUUCGAUUGGUGGGACGUGGAGAUCGUGUUCCGGGUGACGGGACGUGGCAGGAUCGGAGCCGAUGGAUUGGCUUUCUGGUACACCACGGAGAAGGGCGACUACAAUGGGCCGGUAUUCGGAUCUUCCGACCGCUGGAAUGGUCUGGCCAUUAUGUUCGAUUCCUUUGACAACGACAACAAGCACAACAAUCCCUACAUCAGUGCUGUGCUCAAUGACGGCACCAAGCUGUAUGACCAUGCCAACGAUGGAACCACUCAGCUCCUGAGCGGUUGCCUAAGGGAUUUCCGUAACAAGCCCUUCCCCACGCGGGCGCGCAUCGAGUACUACAACAAUGUGCUAACCGUCCUUAUCCACAACGGAAUGUCCAACAACAACGAUGACUACGAGCUGUGUUUGCGAGCGGAUGGCGUUAAUCUGCCCAAGAACGGCUACUUUGGCAUCUCCGCCGCCACUGGCGGUCUGGCCGAUGACCACGAUGUGUUCCAUUUUCUGACCACCUCGUUGCAUGCCGCUGGACAAGUGCAGGAGCCGCCCAAGGUGGACAACCAGGAGAAGCUGACGCAAGAGUACAAGGAAUACCAGGAUAAACUGGAGAAACAGAAGCAAGACUACAAGAAGGAGCAUCCGGACGAGCACAAAGACGACGAGGACUGGGAGGAGUUCUACGAGUCGGAGAACCAGCGUGAGCUGCGUCAGAUCUGGCAGGGUCAGAGCCAAAUUGCAGAUCACCUACGCGAGCUUUCCCGCAAGGUGGAUGAGAUUAUUGGCCGCCAGGAAACCACGUUGUCGCUGGUCUCGCGCAGUGCUGGACAGGCUCUGCCUCCACCUGCUGCCGGCGGAGUGCCACAGCAACAGCUGCCCGUUGGCGCUGUCAGCAGAACCGAUGUCGAUCUUCUGCUUACCAAUCAGAACAUGCUGCUCAGCUCCAUCCGCGAGAUACGUCAACUGGUGGGCGAUAUCAAUGUGCGCACUGAUAACAUUCAAACGAAUCAGAAGCAUGCGCCUACAGCACAAAUCCAAUCCACCGGCUAUGAUGUACAAACGCUCAUAGCCGAGAUGCGCGAUGGCAUGAAUCAGGUCAAGCAGGGCAUCACCCACGUGGGCCAAAGAUUGGGAGCGCCACAGGGAGCAGCGCAGGUGGCCAAUUGUCCCACGGGCAAUUGCGUUGGAGUCACAUUGUUCCUAAGCGUUACUGUUGUGCAACUGCUGCUAGUCUUCAUUUACAACGUCUUCAAAAACCGCAGCGAAGCGCAGGCGAAAAAGUUCUAUUAGGCGAAUUAGCGACUCAUCGGGAUCGUAACGAAUAACAAACACACAAGCAUACACCCACACAAAUCACGAGGAAACAGAUUCGCACACCUGACUAGGCAGCAACUAAAUUUAGUUAAAAUGAAAGAUUUAAGACUUCAGCGUAGCAUGCUCUACCAUUACGUGUAACUGUUUGUUUUUAAAUAGAAGUCUGUUAAACAAGUCAGGAACCGAAUACAAACUCAAGUCGUUACUUAAUCAAAGAAAGAACAAGAAAAUUGAUCAAUGAUGUAUGCCUCAUGACAAUGCCACGCAAUACAAAACGAAGAAACCGUCGAAGAAGCCACAAGACAAACUUCCCUUAGUAAUAGCCAACAGAAGAUGUUUUUUAUUUGUUUUAGCAAGUCAAGUCGAAAGUUUCACUCUAUUCUCAACUCUGCAUAUCAUGUGUGCAGGCAUUUAUACAAAGCACAAAAAAAAUCUAUCCGAAAAAAAAAUAAAAAUCGCAAAAUCUAUAUAUGUACGAAAAUUCCGUAAACGUAGCUAAUUAUCGAGUUGAGAUGAAUCUUUUGGGCUCGGCUCUUAAAACUGAAUUGGCAACAUAAAUCUUUUUCCCCAUUUUCAUGCGCCGAAUAUUCAACAAAGCUAGUUAGCCAGCUUUUUUGUUAUUACGCCAGAAAGUGAAUUUAUUUAAUAAUUAUGAUGAACUGUCUCACUAAGUUUUUGUUUGAUUCGCAUCAUCAUUGGUGCGAUGUAAGGAAGUUUUCUACUGAAUAAUCUUAAUAUACAUACUGAUAAAUUAUGAAACAAUUGAAGUGAAGUGUGUUUUUAUAUAUGUUGUCCAUUCCAGUCUCGAUAGAAAUGUUUAAACUGAAAAUAAAAAUCAAUUUAUAGAAAAGUCUAUCUUAAACUGUUCAA